AUGCCCUCCGUGAAUCUCAUUACAGCUGUGCCACAUUUUGUUACCCAGGAGGAGCACACUGCAUUGGUUGCAUCAACACCCAAUUCUUUCAGCGACAUUCCACCGGUGAUCAAGCACAAGGAAGAAAAUGUAACCGUCACUUUGGACCCGCCUCUUGAAGGGUUUCCAUCAUCAGAUGGGGUCCAGGGAACAUUAUACGUGCUAACAAGCGUACUAGCAUUCAUGGGUGCCAAUGGAACAGGUUUUUCGAUCGAAUACCCAGUGAUAACCCUGCACGCCGUUUCUCGGGGCGAAUCUGGACCAUCGAUAUACUGCCAACUCGACGAGAGCUUCGGAACAGACAACGCAGAAGCCCCCGCUGACGACGACGCGGUGACAGACAUGCGCGAACUUACUAUCGUCCCCCAAAAUGCCCAGUCGCUUGAGCCCAUAUUCGAAUCGCUAUCACUUUGCGCAUCUUUGCACCCGGACCCCCAGGAUGACGAAGAUGACGGUUUGGACGAUGCGUUUGUUGAUCUGAAUGGGUCCACGUUCGAGACCUUCAACGGAGAUGAAAAUGAGGAACUCAGCGAAGUUGGGAGGGCAGCGCUUGCACACCUCGAAUCCAUCAUUUACGAUCCACAUAAGCUUCAACCGGGGGAAGAGGAGGAGGAGGUCGACGCGAAGCAGUCAGACGAGAAAAAACCAUGA